CGCACAUUACGAAACGUCAACCGAAACGUCAACUGCAAUGAUUUGUUUACAUUUCUCAGUGUGCGCGCAUGUUUACGAGCGCCGGUGCCGGACCAGAAAACGGUUAAAAAUGCCACCAAAAUCGGCAAGCAAGAAAGAACGGCCACUCUGGUGGAACUGUGAAAAGUGCCAAACGUAUCUACCGACCGGUGAAUUGGCCAAACAUCAGGCGGAAAACUGUGCAGCGGUGGAUAGGCUGAGCGGGUCCGUUGAUGCGACCGGAACGUACCGAUGCCGCCGGGUUGAGGUGGGCAGUUUGGCCAUUUACGAAGAGGUCAAGCUAUGUACCGAAAGCCAACGGUACGGGCUUGUGCUGUUACCCAUUGGCGUGGUAAGGAAGCUUGGCCUAAUGCUGGGAGACUAUGUGACGAUAAAGCUAGUGAAAAGUGUGGAUGGUAGCGAGCUGGGCACGGUCGUCCGGACGUUGUGGCCCGUCGAUGAUCGGAAUGGAGCUAAGGUGUGGUUGGAAGCUCUAGAUGAAUUUGAAAGCGUACCGGCGAGUGAACUGCGCGCUACCGUGACCACCAUCAACACUCGGCUUGAGGAUGCGGAAGAACUAUUUCUCCGCCUCGACGAUCCCUCCCAAGCUAAGCUGCUCGAAAAGAAUGGAAAGUUUCUGCUUACCAGCUUAAAACACCAGCUGACAGGAUGUGCCAUUUUGAGCGGCAAUCCACUCUGCCUUACCGUGUGCAACAAACGAUUCCGGUUCCGGAUCGAUCACGCUACCACGAACGGCAGCAGCGAUCGGUUAAUUGAUCAGCUAAACAAGCUAAGCCUUUCCGAUCGAACGUUUGUCGUCCUUAACACCACCAAAUUUACGCUUCUCGAUGACGCGAAAGCAGCGCAGCAUGGCCAUCGGCAACGAAUGUACAAUUUAGCCAACAUCGGUGGUCUGGACAGUACGAUCGUCGAGCUGAAGGAACUUCUCGAUACGGCUUUCGGAAUCGGUACGAGCAGCGGUUCGGGAGGCAAUGGUGGCCCUGUCAGCCGUGGCAUACUGCUUUCCGGCGUAUCGGGCGUAGGAAAAACGAUGCUCGUCAAUGCACUGGCCACCCACUACCAGUGUCACGUGGUGCGGUUAAACUGUUCCGAAGUGUUUAGCAAAUUUUACGGCGAGUCGGAAGCGAACGUUUCCCGGCAGUUUGCGGAAGUGUUCGACGUUCAUCCGACCCGUGCGAUGGUUAUAGUGGAAGAAUUGCACAACCUGUGCCCGAAGAACACCGGGACGGAUAUUGUGAAGCGCAUAUCCCAGCACUUUCUCAAUCUACUGGACAGCUUGCACGGUAAUGUACGGGGCAAUCGUACGAUUGUGCUGGGGACCACGGAUAAUGUGGACAACGUUAGUCCCUUGCUACGGCGUGGUGGUCGGAUGGAUUACGAGUUCGAGCUGCCGGUUCCGGAUGCGAUCGCUCGGGAAGCUAUCCUGCAGCGCAGUCUUGCCCGCUACGGUCAACCGGUUCCUGCGGAAGAUGUACGAGCAGUGGCACGCAUUACGCACGGUUACGUUGGGGCCGAUUUGGAAAACCUAGUUUCGAAGGCAGCAUCCACCGUGAAGCUGAUCGAUGGACCAUCGCUGAUGGGCGCCCUGCAGCACGUAAAGGCAAGCGCGAUGCGUGAAAUCAUGAUCGAAUGUCCUAACGUCCGGUGGGCCGAUAUCGGUGGACAGGACGAGCUGAAGCUAAAGCUGCGCCAAAUCAUCGACUGGCCCAUCCACCAUCCGGAGCUGUUCGAGCGGCUCGGCAUAAAGCCCCCGCGCGGUUUGCUAAUGUUCGGUCCGCCCGGCUGCUCAAAAACGAUGAUCGCGAAAGCGAUCGCGACCGAGAGUCGGCUCAACUUCCUGUCGAUCAAAGGGUCGGAACUGUUCUCGAUGUGGGUCGGUGAAUCGGAACGAGCGGUGCGGGAUCUGUUCCGGCGGGCCCGGCAAGUUGCACCGUCGAUCAUAUUUUUCGACGAACUCGAUGCGAUCGGUGGUGAACGUUCGGCCGAGUCGGGCAGCUCGGUAAAGGAACGGGUACUGGCGCAGCUGCUGACGGAGAUGGAUGGGGUGAGCGUGCUGAAGGAUGUGCGGAUUGUGGCCGCUACCAAUCGGCCCGAUCUGAUCGAUCGUGCCCUAAUGCGUCCGGGACGCUUGGAUCGGAUCGUGUACGUACGUUUGCCGGAUGAGGCGGCCAGGGAGGAAAUAUUCCGCAUCAAGCUGAAAAGCAUCCCGACUGCGGCCGAUGUGGACGUGGCGGAGUUGGUGCGUCGUACGGCCGGAUGUUCUGGGUCGGAAAUUGAAGCCAUCUGCCAGGAGGCCGCACUGAAAGGGUUGGAGUGUUCGUUCGAUGUACGGGAAAUUGGUUGGACACAGUUUGAGCAUGCACUGGAGGUGGUACGGCCGAGAACCAGUCCGGACCUGUUGCGCUUGUACGAGCAAUAUUUGAAGCAACAUCAAUAAUAAAUGGGCAAGCAAUCAUUUGUGCCACCCUGUUAUUGGGAGGCAAAUGUUAUUGA